CAUUCCGUCGCCGCGGUGGAGCAUCGGCUGCUCUGUUCGCUGCGCACUGUUGGCUCCGCUGCGAACGAAACCGGGACCGGGGUUUGUCUUUCCUCGCGACUACUGCUCCGUGCAGCAACGUAUGUCGGGUGGAGUUUCGCAUUUUCGCGCGUUCGCGUCCUACUACGUGCUCGGGUGAAUUUGUGGUGCAUCUUAGAAGAGAGUGAAAUUAGUGGCCAAAACAGUGAUCCAUCAUCCUCAGCGGAACGGUCGGUAAGCAGUUGAUAUACGUACAGUGCAGUGCUUGAAGUGCAUCGUCCAACACCGUGACAGUUUGGCCAGACAGAGCCGUGUCGAUGUUUCGCCCCGCAUAGUUUAUGCACCGUGCCCCCGUUGUCAUCAUGCUGAAGAAGGAGAAACCGAUGCUGUCGGUGGCGGCAAUCAUUCAAGCGCAGGGCCGGUGGGACCGAUCCCUGGCCGGGCUGGCAGGUACUUAUCAGGGUUUUGAUGCAGCGCUGGUCGGUCACAUGGGCCCGCUGUCACCGCCCGAUCUGAAGCCCGACCUGAAGCCGGACAUUUCGCUGCUGAACGGAAGUGGCGGUGGACCGUUCUCGCCCGGCAACAACUGUGGCCCGGGCAGCCCGGGCAGUGGCGGCUUCAACUCGGUCGUCCUGCAGCAACAGAAUGCGCUCGUUGUUGGUGGGGCACUCGGAAAUGGGACGGGACAGCAGAAUCUGCUCGUUGGAGGUGGUUCCCAGCAACAGCAGCAGCAGCAGCAGCAGGGAAACAAUGGAGGUGGAGGUGGCAGUGGACCGAACACUCCCUCCAACAUCACGCAGCAGUACCCGCCCAACCAUCCGCUCAGCGGCUCGAAGCAUCUCUGCUCGAUCUGUGGCGAUCGGGCCAGCGGCAAACAUUACGGUGUCUAUAGCUGCGAGGGAUGCAAAGGAUUCUUCAAGCGAACGGUACGCAAGGACCUGUCGUACGCGUGCCGGGAGGAUAAAAACUGUACGAUAGACAAACGCCAAAGAAACCGCUGCCAGUACUGCCGGUACCAGAAAUGUUUGGCCUGCGGCAUGAAGCGCGAAGCGGUCCAGGAGGAACGGCAGCGCAGCUCCAAAUUUUCGAUGAAGUCCGAAGAAAUCAACUCGACCAGCUCGGUGCGGGACGUUGUGGUUGAUCGGUUCCUCGAGGCUGAGCAGAUCGGCGAACAGAAGAGUGGCGACAAUGCCAUACCAUACCUGCGCGUUGGCCAGAAUUCUAUGAUUCCAUCAGAGUACAAGGGCGCCGUAUCGCAUUUAUGUCAGAUGGUGAACAAGCAGAUCUACCAGCUAAUCGAGUUUGCCCGACGGCUGCCAAACUUUUCGAAUCUGCCACGCGAGGACCAGGUGACGUUGCUGCGCAGCGGCUGGAACGAGAUGCUGAUUGCGUCCGUCGCCUGGCGAAGUAUGGAGUAUAUUGAAACGGAACGGCCACCGGACGGCAGAAACGAUGGCCGCGUCACUAUCCGGCAGCCGCAGCUGAUGUGCUUGGGACCGAACUUUACGCUGCACCGGAACAGUGCCCAGCAGGCCGGCGUCGACUCCCUGUUCGAUCGCAUCCUGUGCGAGCUGGCGAUCAAAAUGAAAAGACUGGACGUGAACCGGGCCGAGCUGGGCAUACUGAAGGCUAUCAUACUGUUCAACUCCGAUAUACGGGGCCUAAAGUGUCGGAAGGAGAUCGACCAGAUGCGGGAGAAAAUUUACGCCUGCCUGGACGAGUACUGCAAAACGCAACACCCGUCGGAGGAUGGCCGGUUCGCGCAGCUGCUGCUACGGUUGCCCGCCCUCCGCUCGAUCAGCCUCAAGUGCAUCGAUCAUCUGAACUUCCUGCGAUUGCUCGGCGACAAGCAGCUCGAUAACUUCAUCAUCGAGAUGCUGGACACGCCGUUGUAGGCGGAACUGCGUGUGUCUCCCGAUCGGCACAGCUCGCCGCCGGACGCGUUCGCCCGAGCCGCGCGAGAUGGUGAUGGGGAGCCAGGGACCGUGCUCCUGCUGUCGACCCUGGUGCAGAUGCUGCUGAGAGAGACGGGACUGUUUCUGCUGCUGCUGACGCUGGCAUUUCUCAAAGUGUUACUUUCGCGAGCGUAAACAAAACAAAACUCGUCCGCGCGUGGUGGCUGGCACUAAGCGAGCGAACGAGCGGCAGAACAGAUAGGCGUUAUGAAUUAUUUUCAUAACUGUUUGUAUGCUUAGCAGGCAACAACACACAUUUUACACAUUCGUUUUUUUAUGUUAGCAAAUUAAUUGCCACGCACCUUUCCCUUCGUUGGGAAAUACCAGAUUCCGGGCGUAGCUGUAAUGAUCCUUUUGUUUUGUGUGAAAAUUAAACCGCUGGGGCUGGGCACCAGAAGUGAAACGAUGAUAAUGAGACAGUAAUGAACUUUCGAUGCAAAAAUCAAAAAACACAGAAACAUAAGAAAGUAUAGUAAUACGUUUAAAAUAUGCUUUUCGUCAUCCCUCCCAUAGUAAAGAGAAUGCACUUGUUGAAGCGAUAGCGGGGGGAGAGCAAGGAUCAUCGAAUCGGUCGGCGACCCAAAAGCGAAUUGCGUGCGAAGCGAGCCUGAGCAAUACACAAGCGCACUUGCCCCAGGCACAUGUAAAGUGUGCAACAAGACGUGAAACUGGAAGAAACAUGCUAAACGAACAACACACACAUUACAAAACGAUAUGGUGCAAAUAGAUUUUAUCAACACUCAACACUUAAUCCCUUUUACAAAGUAAGUCUACAUAGCUGUAAAGUGAUAGGGAAUGGGGAACAUUUACGAGACGGAUAGAGUGAGAGUGAGAGAACCAUCACAGACAGACGUUUGUGUGGGUUAAGCAAGGGAAAUAAAAUAUAUAAACACUCAUUUCCCGCCGCUCUGGCCACACUUUUAAGCCAGGAGUAAUGGAAAGUAAGUGAAAUGGAGUAGUGUGACAGCAUAGAACAUUAGAUUUUUGUUUGCCUAGUGUAAGGGAUGCAAAUUAUUAUAACCAUCCGAUAAAUGCAUUGCACGAUAAAACAAAAUCCCCCUACUGAUAGAAGGAAACCGAUUCUCUGGUUUUAGAUCGUUGUUUAGCUACACUGAUGUAUGUUAAAAUGCUGCUUGCAAAAUCAUCUCUCUACUAAUGCCGCAUUUCAUUACACUCUCGUUUUGCUGCAGUGCUCACUCUCUAGUGGCUAAUCUCACUAGAUCUCAUGACACGAUGCUAGGGGAAAGAUGUUGCAAAUAUACUUAACCAUGCAUAAGAUGAGUAUGCAUUUCUCCUACAGAGUUUUUGCUUUGCUCUUUCUUUUCCUGUUUUCUUUAGUUUGUUAGCACUGUAAAGGCAGACCGCGCGGGAAAGUUAUGGGUAAAGCGGCAGAACACACUUGCCCUUGAGUGAUGUGUCCCGUCGUAACUCAUGAUGCAUCUGUUUGUUGUGUAUUUAUAUAAGUAUUGCCUGUGCAAAUCCGUUUUAAUCACAGCGACAAGUAAGAAAGUGAACUGCCUGUGCUCGCUAUCGCCACGAGAGGCAGACCACAGCGAUGAGCAAUUGCACACAUUACACAAUUCUAGAAACGCUCACAAGCAAAGCACAGCACAUAAAUGAUGGGAAGAAAUGACACAGGCUGCUGAACGUGAAAGAGAUCUAUUUAUUAAUGUUUAAAUGCGCUGAUAUGAACAGCCACUGUUGUAAUAAUCCUUCCUUUGGCAGUAAAGUAACGUUUGCUUCCUUUUGCCCAUGGUCCCUUUCACUUUAGGCGCACAGUUUCACAUCCCCAUGAAAGGCCCCAUGCAUACAUAUAUACCUGCAAAACGCGGAGCUUGAGUGAUUGUCCUGUAGUGAUGUAAGAGGUAGUGUUUCUUUCCUCCCUGUAGAAUUUAAUUAGCAAACACCCAUGUGCAAAUGCAACACGUUCUGUAAAUCGAACACUACGGAAAAGGGAUAAGGCACAGCAUAAUAACGGUCAGGAAUGGGAUAAAGGUAGAAUGUUGGUAGCAGUUUACGUACAGGUUUUGUUGCUGAAUGAUGUAGAAAGAUGAUAGGAAUGGUUAUAGAACUAGAAGAUGGUAACGAUGCAGGGAAAAUGAUAUAAUGUUUGUUUGUUAGGUUGUUGUUUUGCAAGAUGAAAAAAGAAAGAAAAGAAAAUAUAUACGCAUCAACCAAUAAUGGUGUGGGAUUAAGUGCAAGAGAAAAAAAUACAUGGUAAAGUUCGCAUCAGGCGAAAUUACCACCAUUUAGAAUGUGUGUGUGUGUUCCUCAGGAAAGAGCAGCAAACUUGCUAAUCGAAUGUAAAAGAUAGCAGAAAAGUGAAACAUUGAACAGUGAAAAGAACAGGGUAAAUAUAUUGUGUAGCAGAGUAGGGAAACGUAAAUGGCAAAAGUGCGAACAGUGCAAAAGUGGCCGUCGGAUAGAUGAAACUAAUUUAUAUAUUUGUAAGCAUUUCUCAAAUGUAAUAAAAGAAGACACACAAAACACGACAAAAUCAAAAAUGUAAGAAUUGUAGAGCAACAAAAAAAA